GAAGAUGUGGUUGUCAUCACAAGAAGGCAGAGGAAAAGGAGAGAAAGCAUCAAGAUAGCAGUUAGCAGGAAGAAGGAACUGUUGCAAAAAGAAUUAUCAUCAUAAUAUCGAGGCAGCAUUUUGAGGACUGUGAACCGUUUUCAUUCCAGACCUACCCAAGACCAGCACACUUCCAUGGCCUGUGCAUGACACAGACUCUGUGAAGGACACAGCGCUUGCCAUUUUAACCCAGACCAACGCUGCUGGCUUCCUGCUCUGCAACGCCCAGGAGUGGAGGUCCACCAGGCAGACUAACACACCAUGGAAAACCAAACCAUAGACUUGGAUGACUGGCCAGUGACGACAGAAUUUGAGUACAGUGAUUCAACACCAUGCCCAGGCACUGAGGAGAAGCACUUUGCAGCAAAACUUUUGCCCCCGCUUUACUCUUUGGUGGUGAUAUUUGGCUUCAUAGGCAACAUGCUCGUUGUCCUUAUCCUGGUAAAAUACAAGAAACUGAAGAGUAUGACUGACAUCUACCUGCUCAAUUUGGCAAUUUCUGAUUUGCUGUUUAUAUUUUCUCUCCCUUUUUGGGCUUAUUAUGCUGUUCAUGACUGGAUUUUUGGGGAGGCACUGUGCAGGAUUCUCUCAGGUGUCUACCUCCUUGGCUUCUACAGUGGCAUCUUCUUCAUAAUCCUGUUGACCCUCGACAGGUACCUGGCCAUAGUGCAUGCGGUGUUUGCUUUAAAAGCUAGGACAGUUACCUAUGGCAUCCUCACCAGCGCUGUCACUUGGGCUGUUGCUAUUUUGGCUUCUGUUCCUGGCAUGGUGUUUCACAAAACUCAAAAGGAAAGUACACGUUAUACUUGCAGUGCUCAUUAUCCAUCGGAGGAGAGAAAUGUAUGGAAGCAAUUCCUGACCUUAAAGAUGAACAUCCUAGGACUUAUUAUUCCAAUGUUAAUCAUGAUUUGCAGCUACACACAAAUUAUAAAGACAUUACUGCAAUGUCGGAAUGAGAAGAAACAUAAAGCAGUCAGGCUCAUUUUUAUCAUCAUGAUUGUCUACUUUUUGUUCUGGGCACCAUAUAACAUUUGCAUUCUCUUGCGUGAUUUUCAAGGUAUAUUUUCCAUCACUACUUGUGAAGGUAAUGGUCAACUGCACAAAGCAACCCAAGUGACAGAAACAAUCUCAAUGAUCCACUGUUGUAUCAACCCUAUAAUUUAUGCCUUCGCUGGAGAAAAAUUUAGAAAGUAUCUUCAAAGCUUUUUCCGAAAGCAGAUUGCAUUCCACUUCUCUAAAUAUUGCCCUGUUUUCUAUGUUGACACAGCUGAACGGGCUAGCUCCACCUACACACAAUCUACUGGAGAACAAGAAGUUUCUGCUGCAUUGUAAAUUGUGUCUAACGAAAAAGUGGAAUUGACUUUUGUGAAAUCAAGUCUGUGAUGAAAGUCUCCAGAAUCUGUCCUGGAUACUGGCUCAAAGGCAGCUGCAGAAGUUCACAGAGCACAUGUUUACCAAAGCUUACAUUUGCUGAUACAUUUGGGUAUUUGUUCAGAAAUGAAAAGGAUGUAUCAAACUAGCUACCUAGAUAUGCUAACAUGGGAAAAAAAGUGUUCUCUUUUUUUGUGAAGGUAAAAGCAUGAUUUUGUACUAUAGGGCCCAAACCAACACAAAUGCUGAGAGCCAAAACUAGUAGGCUCAUCAACCAAUUUUUUGAAGUGAACUAGAGGUUAGAAAUUGACACUCAUUCUUUGGAAACAUUUCUUGACUGUACCUUACACAAGAUAUCUCACUCAUUUAAACUCAGUCUCAGUCACAUCUUUGACUAGUCUGCUUGUGUAUCUCUGUAAAUAAUACUCAAUUACCGAGGUCUGUGAUACAGAAUCCUUUGAAGUGGAAUGGUAAAAUUUUGUACAUUUAGAAAUUUUAUACAUUUAUACAUUUCAACCUGCAUUUCCCUUUGCAUAUGGUCGAGUAUCAAGCUCUUGGAUCUUUCUCAUAAAAUUUUAACUAUCAGGUGUUGACACCUAAGUGACUUGAAAGUUUGGUAUUUCAGAAGGCUCUCUUUUAAUCAACUGCUGUUUUAUAUGCCAUCCAUACUACAAAGCUAAUAUAACAAACCAUCAUUGAUCAGAAAAUCAAUGUUUUAAAAAUAAAGUAUUGCACACAGAGCUUUAACCAGGUUAAAUCAAAUGUGGAUGAGUCAACAGGGUUUUAGCUUUUUAACGCAGUGAUUUUGCUUGCCAUUUUUCUAGCCUAUGUAAAAAAUGUCUAUAUGUUAAAAUAUGAAAUGAAUGCAGCUGUAAUGGCUGCAAAACCACAACCAGCCUUAGAGGUGUGAAAAGGAUUUCUGAAAAGGGCCGACCCAGAUGUUUUUAGAGAUAAGCAUAUGCUAUAGACAUUUAACUUAUCAAAAUAUAUGAAUAAGUAAACAUAUUCACUGUUCUACAGAGUCAAGGGCACAGAGCAUCUCUUUUUUGUUUUAGAAGCAGGUAUCAUUUGUGGGUUAUAAUGAUGUUGGGUUUUUUUGUCAUUUAGGAGUUCUACAGAGUCAAGGGCACAGAGCAUCUCUUUUUUUUGAUUUAGAAGCAGGUAUCAUUUGCGGGUUAUAACGAUGUCGGGGUUUUUUUGUCACUUAGGAGUUCUACAGAAAGCAAAAGCUUCCACAAUUAGUCAAAUGGUCAAAUAUGACUGGGCUUCCCCUUAAAGGUCAGAUCCUGCAAAGCAUUUGAACACAAAGAAAAGAUGAAAUAAAUAUGGGGAUACGUGCUUAAGAUCAUACCAUAAUCACACUAUUAAUUGAUUUAGGCCAAGCUGUCCUUUCUAGCACUUCAUAUACUUUCCCUAAGAUAUGUGGUUUUACACAACUCUGGGAACAGGAAAUUAAAAGUGAAUACUUUGAUUGCUGUUCUUAUCUAGCAGGACAAUUUCUGUUUCCCAACUCCUCUAGAUAGCCUUCUAAAUAAUAUUUUCAAAGAAGUGAAUGUUUCAAACAGCCCCAAAGAGAUUUUUACAUUGCCAAGUGCUUGUGAAAGCAGGAAGUGAAAUAGGGAAAUCUUUGCUUAUCAAACGACUUGUUUUAAAUUAUUCCAUUUUGUCAUAUUAAGCACCACUUUUGGACUACACCCAGUAGUAUACUGGGAAGUAUAACAAAAGUAUACUACACUUUCUAAUUGAAAAGAUUUUCAGCUGCAUACUCUUUUUUAAGACCCUGUGCAUCAGUUACUUUCUGGACUUUGUAUAUGCUUUAAAAACAAGUAACUAUAUCAGUAUAAGCAGAAAUUGAGUAAUUUCUGCAUAAAAUGACAAAUAUAUGCAUUUAUUUUUUUAAAGAGAUAGGAAGCUACAUGCAUUAACUUCUAGAUCGGCUUCUCUUUUUUUCCUUCUAGAAUACAUUUAUGAAAAUAUUUUUAUAUUUUAUUCUGAUCUUGACAAGAACUUUCAUUUGGCCCCUAAGGCACCUGAGUUACUUUCUCCGAAGGGCUUUGAUGCCAGACACCACGGUAUGUAUCUUGGCCAGCCCUGCAGAAGCAAAGUACCACAAUGAAACAUGCAUGACCACAUUGUCAAGCUUUCUGAGAGGCAUGUCAAAAAGCAGCCCCAAUCCUUUGCAGUGUUCUCUUCUAAAGCAUGGAUCUUUCCAAGUGCCAAGCGGCAGGGAAGAGGUGGAACUUAGAGACUGGUGGCCCAGUGGAUGAACGGCUUACCAAGAAUUUCUGUCACUUCACCAAGAAGUAAACACACUUCAGUGAAUGAGAACAUGCCAGAUGUCAGCUACUGUACUCAACUGUUAUCAAGUAGAAAUAGAAAACACAGUACGUGGUAGCACUGCUGGUGCAUUCAAUUAAGGGCUCUGCCAAUAGAUUGUAAUAAUAUUUGUAUUAUACAGUCCAUGAAAGUUGCCUAACUUUUGUGUGCUAGGCUUCUUGAUUCUUUCUCCCUUUGCUCCUCUUUUUUUUUUUUCUCUUUUUUUUUUAGAAUAGCCCAGAAGAAUUAAAAAGGAAGAUAAAUUAAUCUUCAUAACAGGUUGCUACAAUGCUGAAAGAGCAGCCAGGACAAAUUCAAGUUUUUACAAGUGGACUAAGAACCAGCAUCAUCAAAUAACAGAGGGACAUCAUGAUAACUCCAGUGUUCUUAACUGCUUGUCACUAAUAAUCUAUUAAUAA